AAGAAGAAGAAGAAGAAGGGAAAGCCUGCACAUCAUUGAUGUUUCCUGCUGCUGCACCGACGCUCAUCAAGGAAACAUCGCUGCUGCAUUCAGGGUCAUCCGUGCGCGGUGGGAGAACACACACUCCGCCGCUCCGACACCGCUUGAAUCUCGUCGUCGUCACACGGAGGUGUCCCCCUCCCCCCCUUUUUUUUUUUUGCUAGCAUAUCUCCGAGCCUUGCCGCGGUGGUCUUCACCCAUAUCUCGUCCUCCUCCACGUCUUCUUCCCCGGAACACGCACGACUCACGGAGCGGACCUGCUGCCCAGGCCACAUUCCAGCCUUCCGACAGCGGCAUCCACCGCUUUGACGAGCCUGGUGGAGUCAAGCCCAACCUCACAUUUGGGGGGGAAAAGCAGCAACACAUUUCAGGAAGCACCAUGAAGGACGGUAUCGCCAACAACAGCACAGCCAGCAUCUCCCACGCUAGGAAAGCUGUGGAGCAGCUCAAGAUGGAGGCCUGCAUGGACAGGAUAAAGGUGUCCAAAGCCGCCGCAGACCUGAUGGCGUACUGCGACGCCCACAUACGCGAGGACCCUCUCAUCGUGCCCGUACCCGCCUCCGAGAACCCGUUCCGGGAGAAGAAGUUCUUCUGCGCCAUCCUCUGAUGAGCUGCAUGCCGAGCGCCACAGGCUGCAGGCGCGCCGUCGCCUGGCUUCUCUGUUUUCACCGCACCUGAAGCCACUUGCCGUGGGCGUCCAGUUGAGUGUAACCAGGUGGACACUGGUGUUGGUCGGCGAGAUUCCGCGGGCGGGGGAGCCCGGUCUCAUGUCUUGUUCAAUAGGUUUGUUAUUGCUUUGUUAUUAGAGAACAGCCUUGCUCAGUGCUUCAUGAGAUGAGAGGUGUUUGGUUGUUUUUUCGAAGCUUUUAUUGUGCUAGAUCUGAACAUGCCUCAGGAAACAGACAUGUGCCCAGUACAUCGUCCAUCUCUGUAUGGUGUUGAACAUCCGUAGUGCCUUUCAGUGAGCAAGCUUUAAGUAUUUGCACUGAAAGCUACAACGUGACAUUUCACUGCUUCCACUAAUGAAAAAUUGGAGUAGAGAGCCCAAACCGCCAUCCAAGUCACUUAUGCGGUGAGAAGAACGCUCAUCUGUUUGUUGAAGCGUCACAGCAUCACUGUGCAAGCCUUUUGCUCCAAAUUAGCUCAUAAACCUUCUCAGCCGCCAUCCUGAUGCUUUCUCUGUACCUGUGUUGUUUACUUCCAUUUAAGCUUCUGAUUAGAAUACUUUCUUAAGUUCCAGGCCAUGGUGUGUUUGCUGGGCAUGUUUCCUGAGUGAAUGGCGCGGCCUUUGACGCCGAAACAGAGGCGUGCAUGUUCCUCUGCUCCUUCUUCAGUAAGUUUUUUCCGUGCCAAUCCCCGUGAGAGCCGUGUCACCGCCACACCGGGCUGAGCACACUUUUUAAAAUGUGUUCUGGGUCCUAGGGAAGAAAAAGCACACUGUCGAGACAUCUCCUUUACAUGGUAUUUAAAUAGCAUUUACAAAUUUUUAUGAUGAAUUGUCAACGAUGGUUUGUUAAUAUAGUUAUUAUCAGUAGUUAUUCUUGAAUAUGUGUUGCACAGCACUGACUGCUACAUGGCGUUUAGUGCUACUACGCUUGUACAAAUCAUGCAGUUGUAUGUGAGUAUUUUAUAAAAAAAAAAAAAAAAAAAAGACAUCUGUGAAAUUUAAGGUCAUUGCCUCCAGGUACUUGAAGAUCAAUCUUUUUCAAUUAAUUUCAGGAUAUUUCUUUAUAUACGGCUUUGCGGUUCCCUCGCUGAUUUCUUAGGAUGGUGCCAAAUUUGAAACAAUAAAUUUAACAGCUGAAGAUUAAUAUUGCAUGAUUUUAUUUGUAAAAGAAUUGGCUCGUUGCUGACUUUCCAGGAGGCCUCUCUCUGCACAUUGCAUCACGCUGGUCUGACAUGUUGACAAUGUGCAGCUGUAUUCUCUUAAUUCAGUCGUUAUAUUGUUUUUGUAAAAAAAAAUAAAAAAUACUGCGUUUAAUUCGCAAGCUUUGUAAAUCCUUUGAUGGACGAAUGAAUUAAAGAAAUAUAUCCAACGUG